GACUGGCACUACGUUUUCGAACACGCCAGUUGGAUUCGACGAUGGCGGCUGGACACCAGCCAGCGGACAUCCUUUUUAUGAAUCUGGAAAUCAAAUGAAUCGAGUCAAAUAAAAAUUUCAAUCAUGUAAAAAUAGUUGAAGCUAAUAUUCUCGAUCAGAAAAUGACAAGGUAAUAACGUGAAUGAAAUAAAUCAAAAUGAACAAAAUUACUCCUCAUGAAUCAACAAACUACAGUGUCCACAUACGAGAAAGGGUGAAUAAAAAGAUGAUGUGUAUCAUGUGACUUUCUGCAACAGCAACGACAACAACUUCUGAAUCCUCUAAUUCCCAGGCCAAGGCAUCACUCCAGUGAGUGGCGCUCACGGCUAUUCCCCGGGUUCGAUCGGUGGUCCGGGAGCAGUUGGGGGAUCUUCUUCAGAUGUUUAUGGUGGUAUGGGCCGUCUUGGCACACCAGGUUCCGAAGCGAUGAGUCUGGCUCGUGCACCAACACCAGGCGAAGCACAUCUUCAAGCAACUGGAGGCCAAAGCGCUAUUUCCGGCAAUUACUUCGCGGACCCAUUGGAAGAGGCACUGAAAGCUGGCAGACCGAAGAGUGUCGUAUCAGCCGCGAUGACAGGGAAUGGAAAACCAAAAUCACCAAAACGCCCAAAGGAAGAGGAGCUAGGAGGUGGAAAUACGCCAGCUGAUGAUGAUAACUAUACUCCAGCUGGCAUCGGAGCUGACGAUGACGAAAUCUAGGUAGAAAAGCGUUCAUUUUGGUGUAGAUGACGAUGACCUAGAAGAAUAAAUCAUCAUCGAUCUUCUGACGAGGAGGUGUUGUUCAACGCUGAGGAUGAUUUUCACUCAUCUAGUUGUACUUCUCUUCAAGAAACAAAUUUUUUCUUGAGUUUGCUGUAUCAUGUCUGAACCUCAUUCAGUCUUAAAGUUACUUUAUACGCCAUUAAAUCUAAGACUAAGACCAUUUUAUAUCCGUGUAAUCAGUUGUGCUCCUGUGCAGACUAGGUAGAUCAAAGUUGAAAUGACGAUAAGAUCAUUCCAAUAACGGACGGGCUUCAUCUUCAUGAUGAUAUCUGCAACAUUUUAUACAGAGUUUUUGAAAUUAGCAAGUAUGAACGUAAGAAAACACUAGAAAGUUCAAGUUGCUUGUUUGGGGAACAUGAGCAACUCUGGUUCUUAGACACUGAGCUUUUCAUUUUUCGUUAUACUUCUUCAGAUUCACUUUCAGUGGUCAUUGAUUAGCAUUAAAAAAUGAAACAAACCGUACUCUUUCACAGGGUAUUGAGUACAACUUCUAGGAUCGCGGGUCGAGUCUCUAGAGUCCGCUUCAAUAUGGAAAAGACAUUUCACAGCUAGAAAAAUCGAUUUCGAAAUCCACAACUUUAUAACAACUUAUUCGUAUCAACAAAAACAGCUUAGUUAAAGAACAACCUAGAUGCUGUCGUUAUUUGAUUCUUUUCUGAAGAUUUGUCUUCGUUCAUAACGACAAACAAACAGAAUGUUCUCUCUUCUUCAUUAUGCACGGCCAUAGCAGUGCAUGAUGAAAGCAUGGAAUCAAAGUAUUCAUAUAGCAGGAGAAGAAUAAGAGGACAAAAAUAUGGAGUUUGAGUACAGGAGGAGUGUGCUGGGUAGUACCAGAGGGGUGGACCAACAUGGCGACCAUCCUUGUCCCUGAGUGCUCAACAUCUUCUAGCGUUUUGACGACAUCUAAAGUUUUUUUCUGUUGGAAACGAACGCAUCAUCUUCACACACAGUGAUGUAAACAGAUUAAUGUUCAAUCAAUGUUUCGGUAUCAAUCUAUCAACGAACCCCUUGAAACUUGAAACUUAAAAGAAAGCAUCGGUUUCAUCGAUGACUACGCAGGCAUCCACUAGUUGUAAGAGUAGAUCCUUAGUCGGUCUCGAUGUUAUGCAAGUACAUCCACUGUAAACGCUUGCUUGAUUUUUAUGUCAAGUGAUAUCAUCGAAUAUAUCUUGCAUUUGUCACAUGAUUUUGUCAUGAACAACGCGCCACAUCUUGAUGCUGCACAGAGAAUGCUCAGAGAUGAAGGACGAGAUUCAAGUCAACAUUGCUUAGCAUGCACCCCUAGGCGUAGUCCCUCCUGCCUGUCCCACUUCAGUGAGAGCACUCUCAGCACUCUCACUCUUGAUGGGUACUUCCCCCAAAGAGACCCUACGGGCAGAAGCAGAUGCCCCCCUUAAGUUAAAAGAUAAAAGUAAGCAGGUACUAUAUAUAACUAAGAGACCUCAUGAUCCCUAAUUAAGUAGACCAAGAAAUUUCCAAAAAUGAUCUCAGGAUGACAAUCAUCUCGCCGCACAAAUCACCGUGCAUCAUCUGAUCCUUUUUGUGAGCAGUCCCAUUUUCCUUCACACUGAGGGAUUUUCAACACUUUUUCUUCAUUCAUAAAGAUUCUUACUUGUGAUGUUGUAGGUUUAGGUUCUCAUUGACUAGAGAAGGUCUUAUUUAUUACCUCAAGUAGAGCAUAGUCCUAAUAAAUUAGUAAGUUUGAUGGCGCAACCCCGACAAUGCAAUACUCACGAAAACGCUACUUAAAAAACCUAGUAUGUCUCAAAUGCUGAAGAUGCUUGAACUUGAAUCAUGAUUUCCUUCAGGCUGGAGAGGCACUCUCUCACUUCAUCUCCGUAUUGACGUUUUGGUAUUCGAAUGGUUCUUGCUGAAUUUGCGAUUGGUGCU